AAAAACUUACUGCCCGAUGCCAAGGUUAUAGCACGAUGUAUGAUGUCGUAUUGUCGUUAUAGUAUUGGCCAUUGCUGCAGCCGCUCAUUCCUGUGCGCCCGUGUUCACUGUCAUUGAAAGGCUGUGGACGUUCCAGAUAUUAUAGCUGAAUGGGACAAGGACUCUGACUCUGAGACUAAAUUGUUUUGCAGAUUAAAGAUUCCAUUGUUAUUGGUGCGGCUAUUGACUUUCAACUUAAAGAUCAAAGUAUGAGCUGGAAAGACAAAUACAUCAAUUAUUAUCAACAGAUCACCACAAAUACUAGUAACGGUGGCAGUAAAUCUGAUGAUAAUGCUGUCAAUGGAACACCAGACAGAUACCAUCUCUCCAAUCCUGAAAAUCAUUCUGAAAGAAACCGAUGUAUAGUUAUCACAUACUCCAAUGUUGAAAAUGAUGAUCUUAGACUGCUACAAGAGUUGAUAGAUGUAUUUGAUUUAUAUGCAUACAUAUCGUGGAACGAUAGAGUUACACAUUUAAUUGUAAAAACUCUUCCAUCUGGUAGAUGUAAUCGUACAAAAAAAUUUAUGAAUGCAUUAUUAUUAAACCGCUUUAUCAUUACUAUGGACUGGGUAAAAAAUUGUUUAUCUUCUAAGACAUUACUGCCAGAGGCAGAUUAUAUGCCACUUGAGUUUAGUGGUGAACCAUCGCCAUUGGUGUCUUGGCGCGUGGGACGGGGAAUUAUUGCUUCACCGAUGGAAUGGACUGGAGAUUGCAUUUUAUAUCUUCAUAGGUCUAUUGAAUUAAAUGAAUCAUAUAGGGACAUAAUUAUAUGGGCUAGAAGAGCUGGUUUUGUUUUAACCAAUGAUUUGCAAGAGUUUAAUAACGAAUACAAAUUGCGAAUUAUUUUGGUCGAUACAAUCGCUUCAUGUACUGAUGUUCAAUCUUAUUUACCCAAUGCAACAGAAAUCAUAAGUUGGAUAUGUAACUAUAAAGGUGUAACAAUAUUCUUAGAUUGGUUUCUCGAAUGUUUGUUUCGAUACAAAUUUGUUUUAAUUAAUCAUUAUUACCAGAUUAUGAAACUAAAUCCAAAAAUAGUAGAAUUUGUCAAUAUGGACGAAUCUCUGUUUGAAUUUGAAAAUUGUUGAAUAAUACAUUUUUUUCACUACUAAAUUAAAUAUUUGAAACUUAAAAAAUUUUAUUUUUGAAAUUAAUGGGAGGUAUGUACCCAUAAAUAAAUAAUCUUUAUUUUUAUUUAAAGUUAUUGUAUUAUUGUUGAAUAAUACAUUUUUUUCACUACUAAAUUAAAUAUUUGAAACUUAAAAAAUUUUAUUUUUGAAAUUAAUGGGAGGUAUGUACCCAUAAAUAAAUAAUCUUUAUUUUUAUUUAAAGUUAUGUAUAAGUUUAUAUAAUUUAUAAAUCAUAAUAGAGUACAAAUGAAAGUAUAGUACAAAACCUAGACACAUAGCUAGAACAUUUUAUUGAAUAGUUUUAUAUCCCAGUAAGAAUUAGAAUGUUAAGUAACUUUAAAAUGGAUUUAACUUAAAGAUAUUAAUAUUAAUAUAAUUAAUUUUUUAUCGAAUACAAAUAACUUUUGAUUGGUUGUAAUUAGUAUAAUCCAUAUUAAGAUAUUAUAUUUGAUUUUCUAACUAGAAACAAUACAUAUUUAUGUUUUUUCUUAAUUUAAGUUUUUCAUUGUACAUAAAUACAUGAUUAUUCAACUAAAACAAUAUAUUUGAAAAAAUUUUAUAUUUAUGUCAAACACCAAGUGUAAUAAAUUAUUAGACAUAAC